UGGGGCCUGGCCCUGGCCUCGGUCGGGGGACCCGGGCUUCUUCCGGCUUCUCAGCCCCGGCCAGUUCUUUGGGUUCCCUUAGGCGCGCAAAACUGGUCCUUCCCUCCCCCCCAUCCCCCCCACGGGUGUGAGAGCCUCGCCCGCCACCCUUGCCCAGCCUUCGGUCGUGGUCACCUGGGGCGCGGAAGGGAACGACCAGCCCUCGAAAACUGGGACUGGGUCCCACACUUUAUUGCAGUCCUCCUCGACGCGGGAAGCCUCAGUGUUCUCCUUGGUGAAAUGGGGUCAAGAAUUGACGCGGCCUCGAAGGGUGUUGGUGAAUUCAGGGAGGGAGUUAGUACAUGAACAGAAGCGUGAAAUGCCAACAGGUGAGUCCUGAUUCUAGAGAUAGCUGCUGUUGACCUGUAACCCUAAGGACGAAAUAGCUGGCUAGCCUCAUUCUUGGUACAGGCACUUUGUGCUGUGAACUUUGCUGCUUUCAUUGUGUCCCGUGUACACCAUGUCCUUGAAGAUUCAGACCAGCAAUGUAACCAACAAGAAUGACCCCAAGUCCAUCAACUCUCGGGUCUUCAUUGGGAACCUAAACACAGCUGUGGUAAAGAAGUCAGAUGUGGAAACCAUCUUUUCCAAAUAUGGCCGUGUGGCCGGCUGUUCUGUGCACAAAGGCUAUGCCUUUGUCCAGUAUGCCAAUGAGCGCCAUGCCCGGGCGGCUGUGCUGGGAGAGAAUGGACGGGUGCUGGCUGGACAGACUCUGGAUAUCAACAUGGCUGGGGAGCCCAAGCCCAAUAGACCCAAGGGGCUAAAGAGAGCAGCAACUGCCAUAUACAGUGGCUACAGCUUUGACUAUGAUUACUAUCAAGACUACUUCUAUGCCAGGCUGUUUGAUUAUCGAGGCCGCCUUUCUCCAGUGCCUGUGCCCAGGGCAGUCCCAGUGAAGCGACCCCGUGUCACGGUCCCUUUGGUUCGCCGUGUCAAAACUACAAUACCUGUCAAGCUCUUUGCCCGUUCCACAGCCAUCACUACUGGCUCAGCCAAGAUCAAGUUAAAGAGCAGCGAGCUACAGACCAUCAAAACAGAGCUGACACAGAUCAAGUCCAACAUCGAUGCCCUGUUGGGUCGCUUGGAACAGAUUGCUGAGGAACAAAAGGCCAACCCAGAUGGCAAGAAGAAGGGUGACAGCAGCAGUGGCGGAGGAGGUGGCAGCAGUGGCGGAGGCACCAGUGGCAAUGCUGGUGGUAGUGGCGGCAACAGUGGCGGCGGUGGCAGCGGCGGCAGCAGCAGCCGGCCCCCGGCCCCCCACGAAGACACGGCCUCUGAGGCAGGCACACCCCAAGGAGAAGUCCAAACUCGAGAUGAUGGUGAUGAGGAGGGACUGCUGACACAUAGUGAGGAGGAACUGGAGCACAGCCAGGACACAGAUGCAGAAGAUGGGGCCUUGCAGUAAGCAGAAAUGGCCACCAGCAGAAGGGCAUCACUGUCUCAGGCCUCAAGCCAGGCACUCAUUUCUGGAUGCCAGUUUGUAGCGGGUACCAGAGGAAAGCUGGCAGCAGGCACUCCUCUCCCCAUGCAUCCCAGCCAGUGAGUGCUACAUCCUUUGCAAGUGGAGUUACUGGCCUACCCUUACCCCAUGCACUCUUCCUGUCUGCACUGCCUGGGCCAAAGGGCAGAACACAUUCUGCCCUUCUUCCCCAGGGCAUUCCUAGGCUUGGGGUUUUUCUAUAGGUUUGAAAGUAGGGGGGUGGGGUGGGGUGGGUGGGGGG